AUGCAUCCAAAUUCUGCGCAGGGAGAAGCAGAUGUGCAAAGAAUUAUUAAUUUUUUUCUGAAGCAGCACAACAGUGACCCUCAGUUGACACUUGGGGUUAUUCCACGCGGACCAUUUACAAGAACAGUGACGUUGGAAAACCGAAAACUCAAAACGGAAGCUGGGUUUCCGGUGAGUCAGCGCAGGCAGUGCUCAAUAGAAGAGCCCCUUUUACAGUGAAAACCGAAGGAUUUCCUCAACGGAGACACAGACAGUACAGUGGUACCUCGGGUUAAGAACUUAAUUCGUUCUGGGGGUCCAUUCUUAACCUGAAACUGUUCUUAACCUGAGACACCACUUUAGCUAAUGGGGCCUCCUGCUGCUGCCGCGCCACCAGAGCACGAUGUCUCUUCUCAUUCUGAAGCAAAGUUCUUAACCCGAGGUACUAUUUCUGCGUUAGCGGAGUCUGUAACCUGAAGCGCCUGUAACCUGAGGUACCACUGUUUUGUGCCUCCGUCGUUUUGGUAAGCAGCUGUUCUACUUGUCUCUGAUAUAUCCUCUUUUACUUGCAAUGUUAUUGUUUUAUGUUGCUCUGAUGUUCUCUCUUAUAAUAAUAUCUGAUAAACCACAUAAUGGGAUCCCAGCAGAACCUUGCAAGGGGAAGUCGGAGGGUGCCUGGCUGCUAGGAACAAGGGGAGGCAAGGUCUCCCCCCCAGAUGCCAGCACCCUAACCCUCACCCUAGCCCUAAACUUAGCCCUAGUCCUAGCCCUAACUUUAAACAUAAACCUUGUUUAGUCGUUUAGUCAUGUCCGCCUCUUCGUGACCCCCUGGACCAGAGCACGCCAGGCACUCCUGUCUUCCACUGCCUCCAGCAGUUUGGUCAAACUCACGUUAGUAGCUUUGAGAACACUGUCCAGCCAUCUCGUCCUCUGUCGUCCCCUUCUCCUUGUGCCCUCCAUCUUUCCCAACAUCAGGGUCUUUUCCAGGGAGUCUUCUCUUCCCAUGAGGUGGUCAAAGUAUUGGGAGUCUCAGCUUCACGAUCUGUCCUUCCAGUGAGCACUCAGGGCUGAUUUCCUUCAGAAUGGAGAGGUUUGAUCUUCUUGCAGUCCACGGGACUCUCCAGAGUCUCUAACCCACUGGCGGAGGAAGGGGGUGCUGGAGCCACACCACAUCCCGCCCGCGACUCGGACUCCCUCGCUUCCCGCGAGCCGUCGGGGGAAGGGGGGGAGCUGCUGCGCUGCUUUGCCGGUUCCUUCCUCUCCCCUUCCCGCUCCCUGCCUCCUUCCCGCCCUCUUCUCUGCCUCCUCCAGCCGGGAGCGCGGCGCAGCAGCUCCCCGCUUCCUCUGGCGGCUGGCGGGAGUCCAGGGCGCCGUUGCCCCGCGCUCCCGGCUGCAGGAGGCAGGCAGGCAGGGGAGAGCAAGGACGAGGGAUCGGCGGGUGCGCGCGCACGGCUAUCCCGCGCCUGGGAGGGCACCCUCCGCGCCCCUCGGGAACGCGCCCGCCUUGGGCACCGAGGGCAUAUCCUCCGCCACUGCUCUAACCCUAAACCUUACCCUAAACGUAGCCCUAGCCCCAGCCCUAACUUUAAACACAAACCUUAAUCUAACUCUAAGCAUUCUUCUUCUCCUUCUCCUUCUCCUUCUCCUCCUCCUCCUCCUCCUCCUCCUUCCUCCUCUUCUUCUUCUUCUUCUUUGGCCAUCACUCGUAGCUGAUUGUGGGGAGUUUCCCUUCCACAAAGUGUAGGAUCAUGGCAAUGAAAAUAAUGAAUAGAGUUGGGGCAAUAACACAACCCUGUUUAACACCUGAUCCCACUGGGAAUGGUUCACUUUGAGAGCCAUUGUUAUCUGCGAUUGUUGCUGUCAUCUGAUCAUGGAGGAGCCGAAUGGUGUUCACAAAUUUACCUGGGCAGCCAAUUUUCAGAAGGACAGUCCACAGGGCAUUAAUGAUUUACAGUGCCGAAAGCCUUAGGUCAAUAAAUGCUGUAUACAGGGGUUGGUUUUGCUCUCUGCGUUUUCCCCUGCACCGCUGUUGAGUGGUGAAAAUCACGUCCACUGUCCCCAAGAAGGUCAAAACCAUUUUGGGAUUCAGGAAGGGCACCUCGGAUAUUGGUAAGAGACGGUUUGCUAAGAUCCUUGAAAGAAUUUUGCCAGCCACAGCUAAUAGAGAGAUGCCUUGAUAGUUUCCACAAUCAAUUCUGUCAACUUUUUUUUUAAGAGCUUGAUAAUUUUGGCAUCCCUAAAGUUUGUUGGGAUCUCUUCUCCCUCCCAAAUUUUUUCGAUGAGCUUGUGAAGUUGUGUAAGUUCAAUUCCACCCACUUUGAAGACUUUGGCAGGUAUACCAUCAGGUCUGCUGGCUUUGUUGUUUUUCCUUUGGUUAAUAGCUGUACAUAACUCUCCCAGAUUUGGAGAUACUGCAAGCGCAUCUCUAACUUUUUUUUGUGGAAUCUAUGAGAGGACCUCAGCAGCUAUGGGGAACUGCUGUUAAGGAGAUGUUGGUAAUGUUCUUUCCAUCACAGUGCAAUAGCUUCUUUAUCUAUAGAGGUUGAAUCCUGACAAGACAGAAGUACUGUUUUGGGGGGACAGGAGGUGGGCAGUUGUGGAGGACUCUCUGGUCCUGAAUGGGUUAACUGUGCCCCUGAAGGACCAGGUGAGGAGUCUGGGAGUCAUUUUGGACUCGCAGCUGUCCAUGGAGGCACAGGUCAAUUCUGUGUUCAGGGCAGCUGUUUACCAGCUCCACCUGGUACGCAGGCUGAGACCCUACCUGCCCGCAGACUGUCUCACCAGAGUGGUGCAUGCUCUGGUUAUCUCCCACUUGGACUACUGCAAUGCGCUUUACGUGGGGCUACCUUUGAAGGUGACCCGGAAACUACAACUAAUCCAGAAUGCGGCAGCUAGACUGGUGACUGGGAGUGGCCGCCGAGACCACAUAACACUGGUCUUGAAAGACCUACAUUGGCUCCCAGUAUGUUUCUGAGCACAAUUCAAAGUGUUGGUGCUGACCUUUAAAGCCCUAAACGGCAUCGGUCCAGUAUACCUGAAGGAGCAUCUCUACCCCCAUUGUUCUGCCCAGACACCGAGGUCCAGCGCCGAGGGCCUUCUGGCGGUUCCCUCACUGCAAGAAGCCAAGUUACAGGGAACCAGGCAGAGGGCCUUCUCGGUAGUGGCACCUGCCCUGUGGAACGCCCUCCCACCAGAUGUCGAAGAGAACAACUAUCAGACUUUUAGAAGGCAUCUGAAGGCAGACCUGCUUAGGGAAGCUUUUAAUGCUUGAUGGACUGCUGUAUUUUAAUAUUUUGUUAGAAGCCACUCAGAGUGGCUGGGGAAACCCAGCUAGAUGGGCAGGGUAUAAAUGAAUUACUAUUAUUAUUAUUAUUAUUAUUAUUAUUAUUAUUAUUAUCACACUGGUACCUUGGGUUCAGAACUUAAUUCGUUCCAGAGGUCCGUUCUUAACCUGAAACUGUUCUCAACAUGAGGUACCACUUUAGCUAAUGGGACCUCCCGCUGCCUCCGCAGCAAAGUUCUUAACCCAAGGUACUAUUUCUGGGUUAGCGGAGUCUGUAACCUGAAGCGUCUGUAAUCCGAGGUACCACUGUAUUAUCUUUUAGAAGUGUGGUACCGUCUGCUGAGCCUAGGGGGCAUAUGUCAUUAUUUAUUGGCCCAUAGAUGGUCUUUGUGGCUUUAAAGAAACUCGGUCUAUCAUGAGUGUUGGCUAAAUGCUGGAUCUCUUAAGCUUUUUUUAAUCCACCAGGUGUUUUUAGUUCUCUGGUUCUUCUUUGAACCUCAGCCUUAGUGUUGGCAUAGGGUUUUUUUCUUAGUGGCACAGUUUCUGUCUCUUUGCCAGAUCUGAAAGGCCUUCCUUUUCUUGUCAAUCAUGCGUUCCAUCCUACUGUCUUUCUCAUCAAACGACUCCUGGUGUUUCUUGGUUUGGUAUCCAAAAGUUUGUUCAAAGGCUGCAAUAAUGGAUGUUUUUAGCUUGGUCCAGUGUUCCUUUAUCAGGGAAUUCUGAAGGCAGAUGCUCCUUUAGAGUCGUUUGGAAGCAAUCCCACUUAAUGGGAUCUUGAAGGGCUUGUGUGUUCAUUUUGCACCUUGGUUUCCUUCCUUGAAGCCUGCAUUGAGGUAUAAUCUUGAUAGCCAUCAUGGAGCGUGUUAGUCUGUGAUCUGUCCAGCAUUCGUCAUAGCUCUGGUAAGAAGCACAUCACGGCCAUCUUUAGCACGGACAUUAACAUAGUCCAAGAGGUGCCAGUGGUUUGAUCAAGGGUGCCUCCAUGAAGUUUUAAAUUUAUUUUUCUGUCGAAAGAGUGUGUUGGUAAUAACAAGGUUGUGCGCUGAACAUAUCAAUCAAAAGUAAGAUUCUGUUCUGAUUGCUGUUGCCAAUUCCUUCUUUCCCAAUAGUCCCAGGCUAUUAAAUAGAAUAGAAUACAAGAGAACAAAAUACAACAAUAUAGAAUAGAAUAGAAUAGAAUAGAAUAGAAUAGAAUAGAAUAGAAUAAUUCAAUAAACUAAAAGAGAAUAGAAUAGAACAGAAUUUAAAUUGAAUUACAUUACAUUACAUUAAAUAGAAUAAUAGAAUAAAAUAAAAUAGAUUAAAAUUAAAUAGAAUAGAAUAAAAGAGAAUAAAAAAUAGAACAGAACAGAAUAGAAUAGAUUAAAAUUAAAUAGAAUAGAAUAGAAUAGAACAAAAUAGAAGAGAAUAACAUAGAAUGGAAUGGAAUAGAAUAGAAUAAUAGAUUAAAAUUAAAUAGAAUAUAAUAAAAGAGAACAGAACAGAAUAGAAUAGAAUAGGAAUAGAAUAGAAUAGAUUAAAAUUAUAAUAGAAUAAAAGAGAACAAAAUAGGAACAGGAUAGGAUAGGUUGGUAGGAUAGAAUUAAAUUGAAUAGAAUAACAUAAAAUAGAAUAGAAUUAAAAUAAAAUAUAGAAUAGAGUAGAUUAAAAUUAAAUAGAAUAGAAUAUAUUAAAAUAUAUAUAUUAGAAUCGAUUAAAAUAGAACAAAAUAGAACAGAACAGAAUAGAAUAGAAUAGAUUUAAAUUAAGUAAUAGAAUAGAUUAAAAUUAUAAUAGAAUAAAAUAGAACAAAAUAGAAUAGAAUAGAAUAUAAAACAGAAUAGAUUAAAAUUAAAUAGAAUAAAAUAGAUUAAAAUCAAGCAGAAUAGAACAAAAUAGAAAAGAACAGAACAGAAUAGAAUAGAAUAGAAUAAUUGAAUAAACUAUAAUAGAGUAGGAUAGAAUAGAAUAGAACAGAAUUAUAUUAAAUCAAAUCAAAUCAAAUAAUAGGAUAGAAUAGAAUAGAAUAGCUUAAAAUUAAAUAGAAUAGAAUAAAAGAGAAUAGUACAAAUUAGAAUAGAAUUAAAUUAGAUUAGAUUAAAUAAUAGAAUAGAAUAGCUUAAAAUUAUAGUAGAAUAAAAGAGAAUAAAAGAAUAGAAUAGGAUAGGCUAAAAUAGGCUAAAAUAGAAUAGAUCAAAAUUAAAUACAAUACAAUAGAAGAGAAGACAAUAAAAUAUAACAUAACAAAAUAGAUUAGGAAUAGAAUAGAAUAACAUAGAAUAGAAUAGAUUAAAAUUAAAUAGAAUAGAAUAACAUAGAAUAGAAUAGAAUAGAAUAGAAUAGAAUAGAAUUAAAUUAAAUUAAAUUAAAUUAAAUUAAAUUAAAUAGAAUAAUAGAAUAAAGUAAAAUAAAAUAGAUUAAAAUUAGACUAGAAUAAAAGAGAAUAAAAUGGAACAAAAGAGAAUAGAAUAGGAUAGAAAAGAAGAGAAGAGAAGAGAAUUAAAUUAAAUUAAAUUAAAUUAGAAUAGAAUAGAAUAGGAUAGAAUAGAAUAGAUUAAAAUUAAUUAGAAUAGAAUAAAAAAGAACUAAAUAGAAUAAAAUAGAACUAAAUAGAAUAGAAUAGAUUAAAAUGAAAUAGAAUAGAAUAGAAUUAGAUUCAAUUAAAUUAAAGAAUACGAUAGGAUAGAAUAGAAUAGAUUAAAAUUGCUGUAUUUUUCGCUCCAUAAGACACACAUUUUCCCUCCUAAAAAGUAAGGGGAGAUGUGUGUGCGUCUUAUGAAGUGAAUGCAGGGGGGAGGCAGGCAGGAAAAGCCCCCAAGAGCCGCACACAAGCUCCGCGUGGCUCUUGCAGGCUUUUCCCCAGGAGGGAGAAGGGACUGAUGCAGCCAGUUAUUCCCUUCUCCCUCCUCGUAGAAAAGCCCGCAGGAGCUGCGUGCUCCUUAAAGGGUGCACUGCUCCUGUGGGCUUUUGCGGGAGGUGGGGGAAUUGCCAUAGCCCCGCGCGGCCGUAGGGGCUGCAUGCGGCUAAAGAAGCCAAGACAGCGAGUGGCUAUGGGACAACGGAUGGAUCCCGCUCGCUAUCUUGGUUUCUUUGCUCUUUGGGGCUGGGGGGGGAGAUUUGUUUUCUUGAUUUCCCCCUCUAAAAACUAGGUGCGCCUUAUGGUCCGGUGUGCCUUAUGGAGUGAAAAAUACAGUAAAUAGAAUAGAAUGAAAGAGAAGAUAAGAGAAUAAAAGAGAUGGAAUGGAAUAUAAUGGAAUGGAAUAUUAUAGAAUUAAAUUAAAUUAAAUUAAAUUAUUAAAUUAAAUAAAAUUAAAUUAUUAAAUUAAAUAAUAGAAUAGAACAGAUUAAAAUUAAAUAGAAUAGAAUAGAAUAAAAGAGAACAAAAUAGAAUAAAACAGAACAAAAUAGAACAGAAUAGAAUAGAAUAGAUUAAAAUUAAAUAGAAUAGGAUAAAAGAGAAUAAAAUAGAAGAGGAGAAUGAAAUAGAACCAAAUAGAAUAGAAUAGAAUAGAAUAGAAUAGAAUAGAAUAAAUCAGAUUAAAAUUAAAUAGAAUAGGAAUAGAAGACAAGAGAAGAGAAGAGAAUAAAAUAACAUAAAAUAGAAUGGAAGGGAAUAGAAUAGAACAGAAUUAAAUUAAAUUACCGGUAAAUUAUAGAAUAGAAUAGAUCAAAAUUAAAUAGAAUAGAAUAAAACAGAAUAGAAUAACAUGGAAUAGAAUGGAAUAAAUAGAAUAGAAUAGAAUUAAAUUAAAUUAAAUUAAAUAAUAGGAAAGGAAAGGAAAGGAUAGGAUAGGUUAAAUUGCAUAGAAUAGGAUAGGAUAGGAUAGGAUAAAAUUUGAUAGAACAGAAUAGAAUUUAAAUUAAAUUAAAUUAAAUAGAAUAAUAGAAUAAAGUAAAAUUAAACAGAUUAAAAUUAGAAUAAAAUAAAAGAGAAUAGGUUAGGAUAGAAUAGAAUAGAUUAAAAUGAAAUUAAAUAGAAUAGAAUAAAAUGAAUAACAUGAAAUAGAAUAGAAUGGAAUAGAAUAGAAUAGAAUAGAAUUUAAUAAUAGGAUAGGAUAGGAUAGAGUAGAAUAGAAUAGAUUAAAAUUAAAUAGAAUAAACUAGAAUAAAAGAGAACAAAAUAGAAUAGAUUAAAAUAUAAUAGAGUAGAAUAAUGAACAAAAUAGAAUAGAAUAAAAUAGAACCGAAUAGAAUAGAAUAGAUAGGAGAGAAGAGAAGAGAAGAGAAGAGAAGAGAAGAGAAGAAAAUAACAUAAAAUAGAAUGGAAUAGAAUUAAAUUAAAUUAAAUAAUAGAAUAGAAUAGAAUUAAAUAGAAUAGAAUAAAAGAGAACAUAAUAGAAGAGAAGAGAAUGAAAUAGAAUCAAAUAGAAUAGAAUAAAACGGAAUAGAACAGAUUAAAAUUAAAUAGAAGAGAAGAGAAUAACAUAAAAUAGAAUGGAAUGGAAUGGAAUGGAAUGGAAUAGAAUAGAAUUAAAUUAAAUUACCGGUAAAUUAUAGAAUAGAAUAGAAUAGAUUAAAAUUAUAACAGAAUAAAAGAGAAUGAAAUAGAAAAAGAUAUUACAAAAUAAGAUAGGAUAGGAUAGGAUAAAAUAGAAUAGAAUAGAUUAAAAUUAAAUAGAAUAGAAUAGAAUUUAAAUUAAAUUAAAUAGAUUAAUAGAAUAAAGUAAAAUAAAACAGAUUAAAAUUAGAAUAAAAUAAAAGAGAAUAGGAUAGGAUAGAAGAGAAUAGAUUAAAAUUAAAUAAUAGAAUAGAAUAGAAUAGAAUAACAUAAUAGAAUAGAAUAGAAUAGAAUAGGAUAGGAUAGGAUGAAAUAGAAUUGAAUAGUAUUAAAUUAAAUUAAAGAACAGAAUAGAGUAGAAUAGAAUAGAUUAAAAUUAAAUAGAAUAGAAUAGAAUAAAAGAGAAAAAAGAGAACAAAAUAGAAGAGAAGAGAAUAAAAUACACAAGAAUAGAAUACAAUAGAAUACAUUAAAAUAGAAUAGAAUAGAAUAAAAGAGAACAAAAUAGAGUAGAAUAGAAUAAAAGUGAACAAAAUAGAAUAAAAUAGAACUGAAUAGAAGAGAAUAGAACAAAAUAGAAUAGAAUAGAUUAAAAUUAAACUGAAUAGAAUAGAACAAACGAUAACAAAAUAGAAUAGAACCAAAUAAAAAAAAUAAAAUAAAAUAAAAUAAAAUAGAACAAAAUAUAAGAGAAGAGAAGAGAAUAACAUAAAAUAGAAUGGAAAAGAAUAGAAUUAAAUUAAAUUAAAUUACCGGUAAAUUAUAGAAUAGAAUAGGUUAAAAUUAUAAUAGAAUAAAAAGAAAGUGAAACAGAAUAAAAUAUUACAAAAUAGGAUAGGAUAGGGUAAAAUAGAACAUAAUAGAUUAAAAUUAAAUAGAAUAGAAUAGAAUUUAAAUUAAAUUAAAUUAAAUAGAAUAAUAGAAUCAAGUAAAAUAAAACAGAUUAAAUUAGAAUAAAAUAAAAGAGAAUAGGAUAGAAUAGAAUAGAAUUAAAUUAAAUUAAAUUAAAUUAUAGGAUAGGAUAGGAUAGCAAAAAAAUGGAUAGAAUAGAAUAGAAUUAAAUUAAAUUAAAUUAAAUAAUAGGAUAGGAUAGGAUAAAAUAGAAUUGAAUAGAAUAGAAUAGAAUUAAAUUAAAUUAAAGAACAGAAUAGAGUAGAAUAGAAUAGAUUAAAAUUAUAUAGAAUAGAAUAAAAGAGAACAAAAUAGAAUGGAAGAGAACAAAAUAGAACAGAAUAAAACAGGAUAGAACAGAACAGAAUAGAAUAGAUAAAAAUUAAAUAGAACAGAAUAAAAGAGAACAAAAUAGAAUAGAACAGAUUAAAAUUAAAUAGAAUAGAAUAGAACAAAAGAUAACAAAAUAGAAUAGACUAGAUUAAAAUAGAAUAGAAUACAAUAAAAGUGAACAAAAUAGAAUAAAAUAGAACCGAAUAGAAGAGAAGAAAAGAGAAUAACAUAAAAUAGAAUGGAAUAGAAAAGAAUAGAAUUAAAUUAAAUUACCGGUAAAUUAUAGAAUAGAAUAGAAUAGAAUAGAAUAGAAUAGAAUAGAAUAGAAUUUAAAUUAAAUUAAAUUAAAUUAAAUUAAAUUAAAUUAAAUUAAAUUAAAUUAAAUUAAAUUGAAUAAUAGAAUCAAGUGAAAUGAAACAGAUUAAAAUUAGAAUAAAAUAAAAGAGAAUAAAAUAGGAUAGAAUAGAAUAGAUUGAAAUUAAAUAGAAUAGAAUAUAAGAGAAUAGAAUAACAUGAAAUAGAAUAGAAUAGAAUAGAAUUAAAUUAAAUUAAAUUAAAUUAAAUUAAAUUAAAUUAUAGAAUAGGAUAGGAUAGGAUAAAAUUGGAUAGAAUUAAAUUAAAUUGAAUUAAAUUAUAGGAUAGGAUAGGAUAGGAUAGGAUAGGAUAGCAUAAAAUAGAAUUGAAUAGAAGUAAAUAUAAUUAAAGAACAGAAUAGAGUAGAGUAGAGUAGAGUAGAGUAGAAUAGAAUAGAUUAAAAUUAAAGAGAAUAGAAUAGAAUAAAGAGAAGAAAAUAGAAUAAAAUAGAACAAAAUAGAAGAGAAUAAAAUAGACUAGAACAGAAUACAAUAGAAUAGAUAAAAAUUAAAUAGAAUAGAAUAAAAGAGAACAAAAUAGGAGAGAAAAAUAAAAUAGAUUAGGAAUAGAAUAGGAUAAAAUAGAAUAGAACAGAUUAAAAUUAAAUAGAAUAGAAUAGAACAAAAGAUAACAAAAUAGAAUAAAAUAGAACAAAAUAGAACAAAAUAAAAGAGAAGAGAAUAAAAUAGAACCAAAUAGACUAGAAUAAAAUACGGUAGAAUAGAUUAAAAUAGAAUAGAAUAAAAGAGAACAAAAUAGAAUAGACUAGACUAAAAUAGAAUAAACGUGAACACAAUAGGUAAAAUAGAACCGAAUAGAAGAGAACAAAAUAGAAUAGAUUAAAAUUAAAUUGAAUUGAAUAGAACAAAUGAUAACAAAAUAGAAUAACGAUAACAAAACAGAACUGAGUAGAAUUAAAGAGAAUUAAAUAAAAUAGAACAAAAUGGAAGAGAAGAGAAGAGAAGAGAAUAACAUAAAAUAGAAUGGAAUAGAAUAGAAUAGAUUUAAAUAAAAUAAAAUUAAAGAAUAGAAUAGAAUAGAAUAGAGCAGAUUAAAAUUAAAUAGAAUAGGAACAGAAUAGGAUAGGAUAGGAAAGGAUAUAAUAGAAUAAAAUAAAAUAACAUAACAUAAAAUAACAUAAAAUGGAAUGGAAUAUAAUAGAAUAAAAUAAAAUUAUAUAAUAGAAAGUAAUAGAAUAAAAUUGAUUAAAAUUAAAUAAAAUAGGAAGAGAAUAACAUAACAUAACAUAACAUAACAUAACAUAACAUAACAUAACAUAACAUAACAUAACAUAACAACAUAGAAUGGAAUAGAAUAGAAUUAAAAUAAUUAAAUUAUAGGAUAGAACAAAAUAGAAGAGAAGAGAAUAAAAUAGACCAAAUAGAAAAGAUUAAAAUUAAAUAGAGUAGAAUAAAAGAGAACAAAAUAGAAUAGAAUAAAUUAAAAUUAAAUAGAAAAAAAGAGAACAAAAGAUAACAAAAUAGAAUAAAAGAGAACAAAAUAGAAUAGAAUAGAUUAAAAUUAAAUAGAAUAAAAUAAAAUAGAACAAAAUAGAAGAGAAAAGAAUAAAAUAGAAUAAAAUAGAACCAAAUAGAAUAGAAUAGAAUAGAAUAGAAUAGAUUAAACUUGAAUUGAAUAGAAUAGAAUAAAAGAGAACAAAAUAUAAUAGAGAAGAGAAGAGAAGAGAAUAGAUUAAAAUUAAAUAGGAAUAGAAUAGAAUAGAAUGGAAUAGAAUAGAAUAGAUACAUUAUUCUAUGGAACAGGUCAUUUUAGUUUAUUUUUUGAGGGGGCAGAGGACGUGGCACAGGAAGCCACAGAAAAUGGGACCAGCACCUCCCCUUCUAAACAGCCAAUCAUCCAUUCCCACAUCUCUUCUGAGGAAUACCCCGCCCCAUCCUCUCCCUAUAUAUAGAAGGGUCUGGUGACUUCUCUUUCAGUGUAUCUGAAGAAGUGUGCGUGCACAAGAAAGCUCAUACCACUAACAAACUUAGUUGGUGAAAACUGAAGGAUUUUUUCAAACGAGACCGGGUUUCUGGAGAUUCAACCACGACCAGACUAGUUAGAACAACUGCCUUUAAAAAUUGGAAACUGAAGGAUUUCUUCAACGGGUGAAAACUGAAGGAUUUUUUCAAACGAGACCGGGUUUCUGGAGAUUCAACCACGACCAGACUAGUUAGAACAACUGCCUUUAAAAAUUGGAAACUGAAGGAUUUCUUCAACGGGGUGAAAACGGAAGGAUUUUUUCAAACGAGACCGGGUUUCUGGAGAUUCAACCACGACCAGACUAGUUAGAACAACUGCCUUUAAAAAUUGGAGACUGGACGAGUUCUUCAACGGGGUGAAAACGGAAGGAUUUUUUCAAACGAGACCGGGUUUCUGGAGAUUCAACCACGACCAGACUAGUUAGAACAACUGCCUUUAAAAAUUGGAAACUGAAGGAUUUCUUCAACGGGGUGAAAACGGAAGGAUUUUUUCAAACGAGACCGGGUUUCUGGAGAUUCAACCACGACCAGACUAGUUAGAACAACUGCCUUUAAAAAUUGGAAACUGAAGGAUUUCUUCAACGGGGUGAAAACGGAAGGAUUUUUUCAAACGAGACCAGGUUUCUGGAGAUUCAACCACGACCAGACUAGUUAGAACAACUGCCUUUAAAAAUUGGAAACUGAAGGAUUUCUUCAACGGGGUGAAAACGGAAGGAUUUUUUCAAACGAGACCAGGUUUCUGGAGAUUCAACCACGACCAGACUAGUUAGAACAACUGCCUUUAAAAAUUGGAAACUGAAGGAUUUCUUCAACGGGGUGGAAACUGAAGGAUUUAUUCAACAGAACCCGAACGCGAUACAAAAGCUGUGUUUACAGUGAAAACCAAAGGAUUUCUUCAACGGAGACCGUAAAUAUUACAACAACCACAUAUUUAAAGUGAUAACUGAAGGAUUUCUUGAACGGAGAUCGGGUUUCUGGUGAGUCAACCACGACCAGACUAGUUAGAACAACCGCCUUUAAAAAUUGGAAACUGAAGGAUUUCUUCAACAGAAACCGAACUCGAUACAAAAGCCGCGUUUAGAGUUGAAACCAAAGGAUUUCAUCGAGACGCAGACAGCAACACCAUAUUGUGCCUCCGUCAUUUUGGUCAGCGGCUCUUGUACUUGUCUCUGAUCCAUCCUCUUUGACCCGCAAUGUUAUUGUUUUAUGUUGCUCUGAUCUUCUCUCUUAUUAUACUAUCUGAUACACCACAUAUUGGGAUGCCUGCAGAACCUUGCAAUGGGAAGUCGGAGGAUGCCUUGCUGCUAGGAACAAGGGGAGGCAACGUCUCCCUUCCAGAUGCCAGCACCCCAACCCCAAUCCUCACACUAACCGCCAUCCUAACCCUAAACUUAGACCUAGCCCAAGCCCUAGCCCUAACCCUAGCCCUAGCCCUAGCCCUAGCCCUAGCCCUAGCCCUAGCCCUAGCCCUAGCCCUAGCCCUAGCCCUAGCCCUAGCCCUAGCCCUAGCCCUAGCCCUAGCCCUAGCCCUUGCCCUAGCCCUAGCCCUAGCCCUAGCCCUAGCCCUUGCCCUUGCCCUAGCCCUUGCCCUAGCCCUAGCCCUAGCCCUAGCCCUAGCCCUAGCCCUAGCCCUUGCCCUAGCCCUAGCCCUAGCCCUAGCCCUAGCCCUAGCCCUAGCCCUAGCCCUAGCCCUAGCCCUAGCCCUAGCCCUAGCCCUAGCCCUAGCCCUAGCCCUAGCCCUAGCCCUAGCCCAAGCCUUAGCCCGAGCGUUAGCCCAAGCCUUAGCCCGAGCUCAAGCCUUAGCUCAAGCCUUAGCCCGAGCCUUAGCCCAAGCCUUAGCUCAAGCCUUAGCCCAAGCCUUAGCCCAAGCCUUAGCUCAAGCCUUAGCCCAAGCCUUAGCCGGAGCCUUAGCCGAAGCCUUAGCCCAAGCCUUAGCCCGAGCCUUAGACGGAGCCUUAGCCCAAGCCUUAGCCGAAGCCUUAGCCGGAGCCUUAGCCCAAGCCUUAGCCCGAGCCUUAGACGGAGCCUUAGCCCAAGCCUUAGCCCAAGCCCAAGCCCCAACCCUAACCCUAUCCCGAACCCUAACUCUAUCCCCAACACUAACACUAACACUAACACUAACCCUUAUCCCAACCUUAACACUUACCCCAACCCCCACUCUCACCCUAAACCCCACAAUAACUCUAGAUUUAGCCCGAGAACAAACUGUAAUCCUCAAAUUAAUCUGUACAAACUGUAAUCCUCAGAUUAAUCUAAUGCUAUACCUAAACCCAUACCUAGCCCUAAACCUACACACAUUCUAACACAAGGAAAUCCUAGUGGCAGAUUUCAGCAUUCCCUUUGAGAACAGAAAGACAGCCCAAGUCAUGAAGCAUCAAGAUGUCAGAGAGAGAUAUUAGAAGAUAAUACUAAAUUAUUGUCAGAAAUGUAUAAUCUGCUCCUGGAAUGGGACACCAAAGAGGAACAGGUCAAAUCUGUUAUGAUAAAAUGGGCAAAAGAUGUGGGACACAAUAUCAGACCUGCCGGGGCCCGGUCUGAAACUCAGGUGAAAGUGGGGGCACAAAAAAAUCUCUCCCUCCCACAACCACCUGGCAAACCCCAUUACAAAUGAUAGACUGGGAAAGGCUUUGGAAGACAGAUGUGAAAUUUACAGCAUGUACUUUAUUGAAAUAAUAUUACAUGAAAAUGAUGUGUCGUGGUACUUAACCCCGGUUAAAUUAGCAAAAAUGUACAGAACAAGAACAAAUAAUUGUUGGAAAUGUAAAGAAACAGAAGGUACUUUUUAUCAUAUGUGGUGGAAAUAUAAGGUGGUAAAUAAAUUCUGGGAAAUGAUUUACAAUGAAAUGAAAAAAAUGUUUAAAGCAACUUUUACUAAAAAUCAGAAGCUUUUUUACUAGGAAUUGUAGGUAAAGAGAUAUCAAAGAUCAGAGAAAUUUGUUUAUGUACGACGGCUGCCCGGAUAUUGUUAGCCCAAAGAUGGGAAGAAGAAACAGUUCUAACCAAAGAAGACUGGCAGACCAAGUUAAUGGACUAUCCUGAAAUGGCAUAAUCAACUGGGAAGCUCAGAAGUCAAGAUGACAAGACGUUUAAAGCAGAAUGGAAAAUGUUCGUUAUGUGUUUACAAAAGUAUUGUAAGCAGAUUGAAACAUUGGCAGGAUUUUAAGAACUCUUGUAGUUUUAGAGAUUGUAGAAAUAACUUAGGAAAAGAAAUUUUGGAGUAGUAAUGAUAUGCAGCUGAAAAGAAAAUUGUUGGGACCCAGGGAGGCUGUGGAGGGAAGUCCAGGCAUUCAGAUAACCCCAUUUUACAGAUUUGAUAUUGUUUUUGUGUAAAUGUUUUUUCUUUUUUUGCUUUUGUUUUAUCAUUUAUCUUAUGUUUGUUGAAAACCAAAUAAAAAUAUAUUAUAAAAAAGACGACCAGCUCUGCAAAAGUCCUUUGCCGGCAGAUGCACUAAGGGAAAGAGGCUGAGACCCCGACUGUGAUGUCCACAUUGCCGAUAUGCUGCCGUUUCCACUAGAGAUGGCCCUGUGCCCAACUGGGGAAGUGACUCAUGCUCCUGUUCUCGACUGUGCUUUGACAAUAAAGAUACUUCUCUGUUAAGCAUCCCUUUUUGGCCUGGCUUCUUCUCUGAAAUAACCACACCCUAAGAAAGAGUGCUGAAUAUAAUGCCAGGGGAUUUCACAUCUGGCAACCAAUGCACCCCUUUGGUUUCAGAUAGUACAUGCGAAGGCGAGUCUAACAAGCCUGGGACGCCAAUUUUCACAGCCCUCUAGCAGCUACAGUGUCUCUUUUACCAGAAGGAAUGUGUUAUGUACUGAAGUUCUCACCCUGGGCAGCAGGGGGAUACUGUAGAUAGUUAUGCAAAUAAGGGAUCAAAAGUGACGUUCAGUGAUUGGAUAGUUUUAGAAAGUUGUUACAAUUAUGUGUACUGGAGCUCUAUAUAAGCAGGCUGACUGAACCCUUCAGUUCAGUUCUGUCCUGGCCUGUGAAUAAACAAGAGCUGUUGAAGAAUCACUGUGUCAUCUGAUAUGUUCAUCCACAACUUAACACUGGCGACAAGGAUGGGAUCGAUGGACAACAGAGCACAGCCAGAUGCGGCCACCCUCUGAACUGAGCUGAAUCACUGAGCUGAAUCACUGAGCGAAAUCACUGAACAGAACAAAUUCAGAGCUGACUGUUUUCGCUAGAGCACUGUGUUCCAUCCAUCACCCUCCACGCCAGCAUUGGAAUCAUGGCUUCACUUGUGCCUCUACCGCCAUUUGCGCCAGCCUCUGAAUCAUGGGACUCCUGCCUCGCUUGGUAGAAUAGAUACAUUAUUCUAUGGAACAGGUCAUUUUAGUUUAUUUUUUUGAGGGAGGCAGAGGAAUUGGCACAGGAAGCCACAGAAAAUAGGACCAGCACCUCCCCUUCUAAACAGUCAAUCAUCCAUUCCCACAUCUCUUCUGAGGAAUACCCCGCCCCAUCCUCUCACUAUAUAUAGAAGGGUCCGGAGACUUCUGUUUCAGUGUAUCUGAAGAAGUGUGCGUGCACAAGAAAGCUCAUACCACUAACAAACUUAGUUGGUGAAAACUGAAGGAUUUCUUCAAUGGAGACCGGGUUUCUGGAGAGUCAACCACGACCAGACUAGUUAGAAUAACAGCCAGAUGCGGCCACCCUCUGAACUGAGCUGAAUCAAUGAGCGAAAUCACUGAACAGAACCAAUUCAGAGCUGACUGUUCUGGCUAGAGCACUGUGUUCCAUCCAUCGCCCUCCACGCCAGCAUUGGAAACAUGGCUUCACUUGUGCCUCUACCGCCGUUUGCGCCAGCCUCUGAAUCAUGGGACUCCUACCUCGCUUGGUUCGACUGCUACCUCCAAGCCAACGAGCUGACAGCAGUAUCACAGGAGCGGAAGCGGAGUCUAUUCCUCAGCCUCUGUGGGCCUGAGGUGUUUGAGACGGCCUGAGCAUUGCUUGCACCUGAAGCAGUCCAGGCAGCACCGUGGGACACGAUUCAAGAGAAGCUCUGCAACCACUACACACCAAAGCCGUCCUAGAUUGCUGCCCGCCAUGCGUUCUACCACCGGAACCAGGCAGAGGGGGAGUCAAUUAACAACUACACAGCUGCCCUGAGACAGGCUGCAAUGCACUGCGAGUUCCGAGACUUAGACGAUGCCCUGAUGGAUUGAAUCGUCUGCAGGGUCUGGGACAUCCAUCUGCAACUGCGUCUCCUCGCCAAGCCAGACCUCACGCUGCAGAAAGCCAUUGAGGAGGCCGUGGCCUCGGAAGCUGCUGAACGCUCCGCCCAGGAGAUCCGCAAGGCCAGCAGCCCGCGUCUUGCUAGGAAGCCAGUUCCAGUGCAUCAUGAAGAGGCCAGCAGUGAUGAGGCAUCCUCCAGUGAAGAUGAUGACGUGCACCAGACAAAGCGGGAGCGCAGGAAGUUCCAAAAGAAGUCCAAGGGCCAAUCGGAAUGUGCCGGCUGCGGAGGCAACCAUUCCCGUGCCAAGUGUCAAUUCAGAGACGCCAUCUGUAGGAAGUGUUCCAGAAGGGGCCACGUCGCUAAGGUCUGCCAAUCGGCUCCGUCCGGCACCCCCCUUCACCACUCACAAGUCCAAGUCUUCACUCCAGUCCACCAAGGAAAACUGUUUCGCUCUCACCAACUGCCGCUGCCCAUCUGGAACCACGAUUGGCCAAACCGACUCAACUACGCGACGCAAGCUGAACGUCAUGGUGCUCAUUUAAGGAGCUCCAUGUGACAUGGAGAUCGACACCGUGUCUGCCCUGUCCAUUGUGUCCAUUGAGCACCAUCAAAAGACUGGUACCCAGAGUGUCUUAAAGGCAACUUGACUCUCACCGCAUACACCUGAGACACUACCAGGGAAACAACAUUCCGGUGGUAGGCGUUGGCCGGUUCUGGAUCGCCUUCAAGGAUUUUUCGGGCCUGCUCCGACUGGUGGUGGUAGAAGGUCAGCGGCCAAGCCUCCUAGGGCUAGACUGGUUUGAUGCCCUCGGCCUGGAAGUCACCGGCAUCAACUGCAUCUCUAACGCAGAGACUGAGGGUCUGGUCAAAGACUUUGCCAAGGUUUUUGACGGCACUUUGGGGCAAUAUACAGGUACACCCAUCUCCUUUAGCCUUGAUCCACAAGUUUCCCCCAUCAAGCUAAAGCCACGCCGGGUUCCCUUUGCUCUCAAGGCUAAGGUAGACGAACAACUGGACAAGCUGAUCGCCCAAGGAGUUUUGGAACCGGUUGACCACACCAAGUGGGAAACCCCCAUCGUCACGCCUGUCAAGCCGGACGGGUCAGUGAGAAUCUUCACCGACUUCAAGCGCAUGAUCAACAAGGCACUUCAGCAGCACGCCUACCCGGUUCCUGUUGUUCAACACCUGCUGCAUUCCCUGGGUGAGGGUAAGGUCUUUGCUAAGUUGAACCUUGCCCAAGCCUAUCAACAACUGCCGUCGAUGAUGCCACCGCUGAAGCCCAGACGAUCGUCACCCACUGAGGGGCAUUCCGUUGCUGCUGUUUGCAGUUCGGAGUGAGUGUAGCUCCUGGCAUCUUCCAAAGCCUUAUGGAGCAUCUCCUGCAAGGGCUUCUGGGCAUGGUACCAUACUUUGACGAUGUCUUGGUAUCCGCAGACUCACAACAGCAGCUGUUCGAGCGCCUCCCUGCUGUGCUGACCAGAUUCCAGGAGGCCGGGCUCAAGGUAAAGAGGGAGAAGUGCCAGAUUGCCGUUCCACAGGUGGAGUUCCUGGGCUAUCUUAUCGACGCCUCCGGCCUUCACCCAACCACAUCCAAGAUCUGCACUAUCCAUCAGGCCCCCAUCCCAAAGAACAAGAUGGAGUUGCAGGCGUUCCUGGGACUGCUGAACUUUUACAACAUGUUCCUGCCCCACAAAGCCACGGUGGCUGAGCCUCUUUACCGACUCCUCAGCACGAAGAUGCCUUGGUCCUGGGGUCAUCGGGAGACGGCGGCCUUCAACGCAGUCAAGGCUCUCCUUUCAUCAGACAGUGUGCUGGUACAGUACAGUGAAGCCAGGCUGCUGGUCCUUGCCUGCGAUGCCUCACCUUUUGGCAUCAGCGCUGUCCUUAGUCACCGUUUUCCAGACGGAAGAGAAGCACCACUCGCCUACUUUUCCAGGACGCUAUCUCUGACUGAACGGAAUUACAGCCAGCUCGACAAGGAGGCACUGGCACUUGUGGCUGGAGUGAAGAGGUUCCAUUAAUACCUCUACGGCAGGACUUUCAACCUCAUCACCGACCACAAGCCGCUCCUGGGCCUCCUCGCCGGUGAUCGACCAACUCCACUGGUCCUCUCGCCACGCAUGCUGUGAUGGACUGUUUUCCUGGCUACCUACCACUACCGGCUCGUCCAUCGCCCAGGGAAAUCGAUGGGCCAUGCCGACACCCUCAGCCGUUGCCCUCUUCCAGCGUUUGUGGAAGACCCGGCUCCUCCUGAUUGAGGAUCUUCUGGCAGCGCCUGUAUCGGCUGCCACUGUGGCCUCUGCAUCUGCCCAGGAUCGCACCAUCAGCCGUGUGCUCAACUGGGUGUGGAGGGGGUGGCCACAAGGGCCUUUUGCGUCGGAGUUCCAGCCAUUGGCAACCAGACAACAUGAACUCUCGGCUCAUCGCGGCUGUCUGCUGUGGGGAGACCGCGUCGUGAUUCCCCAAAGACUCCGUCAACGCAUCCUUGAAGCUCUGCACGUUGGCCACCCGGGAAUCGUCAAAAUGAAGGCGUUGGCUCGGUGUUACGUCUGGUGGCCUAACAUGGACGAUGCCAUCACUGCCUGGGUGUCCGCCUGUCAAGCGUGCCAAGAAUCGAGGCCUGCACCACCGGCAGCUAAGGGACACACCUGGGAGACGCCCAAGACACCCUGGUCGAGGGUGCACAUCGAUCUGGCUGGCCCCUUUCACGGCCGGACCUUUAUGGUAGUGGUGGACGCCUAUUCCAAAUGGCUGGAGGUGGCCCUGAUGCCCUCCACCACUACCGAGGCCGUCAUCCGGGUGCUGCGAGGCCUCUGUGCGACGCAUGGGUGUCCUGAUGUCCUUGUCUCCGACAACGGACCACAGUUCACGUCAGACACUUUUGAGCAAUACCUUUUGGGACUGGGCAUCCGCCAUGCCCUAACGGCACCAUUUCUUCCAUCCAGCAAUGGGCAAGCGGAGAGAAUGGUGCGCUCGGCAAAAGAGGCACUGGCGCGCCUGGACCAGGGAGACUGGCAUGAGCGGGUUGCUGAAUACUUGUUCGUGCAACACAUCACCCCUCAUGUGGCCACAGGGCGGAGUCCUGCCGAACUGCUUAUGGGCCACCGCCUCAGGUCUCCGCUCGACCGGCUGCACCCAGACUUUGCCGUGGCCGAACCCCCAGGCUGUGCCAAUGCGCCACGGUCAUUUGUUCCAGGAAACCAGGUCUUUGCCUGGAACUUUGUGGGGGACAUUCCUUGGGUGCCCGCCACAGUAGUGGGAGUCACUGGACCUCGCUCAUACCAGGUGGCACUCGAAGACGGAUGUUUGUGGCGCCGGCACAUAGACCAGCUUAGGCGCAGGGUUGGGGACUUGGACACUACUGCAGUGCCCCCAACUGCGCUCAUGGCUCCGGAACAGACGCUUACAGAUGGCGAGGCUCCACCUACACCUCUCUCACAAACUGCAGGCGUGGAGCUGAACCAAGCCACUUCAGAGGGUCUGCCGGACUUCCCACAGAAUCAGACCACUGCCGUGCCUGACAUUCCGCCACCUCCACUUACGGAUGUUCCACCCACAGCAGCGGAUCCAGGGGACUUGGUUUCAACGCCACCUAGGGUCGCGCCACAGCCUCAGCAAGAAUCGGGCAGCCCGCCGGACCUGGAUACCACUCCCCGGCAGUCUGGCAGUUUCCAAGCGCCCAACUUAUUUAAAGGACUAUGUUGUUGGACAUUUAAUACUGUUGGCCUAAUGGAAGUAUGUGAAAUGUAACCAAUAUGCUUUUGUGCCUAAUUGAACCAUUAUGUGUAGUGCUGUAUAUAAGGAAACCAUUACGAUUGUAACUAACCCCGUAUCUCGGUGGGGAGGGGUGUUAUGUACUGAAGUUCUCACCCUGGGCCAGCAGGGGGACACUGUAGAUAGUUAUGCAAAUAAGGGAUCGAAAGUGACAUUCAGUGAUUGGAUAGUUUUAGAAAGUUGUUACAAUUAUGUGUACUGGAGCUCUAUAUAAGCAGACUGACAACCCUUCAGUUCAGUUCUGUUCUGGCCUGUGAAUAAACAAGAGCUGUUUCAAGAAUCGCUGUGUCGUCUGAUAUGUUCACCCACAACUUAACAGAAUGUAUUUCACAUUAACCCUGGAAGUGGACGCUCAAUUGUGACCAAACUAAGCCUCCUAGAGCAAAAUGUGUACAUCAGGCUGAGUUGGGUCAGAAUCAAGCCUACACUCCAGAGUUAAUGCUAAAUACAUGACUUCUGGUAAAUGAGCUGCCAUAGCUGCUAGAGGGUGAAAUAAAUUGUGUCCCAGACUUUUUAGGCAGAUAUACCCGUGUACUAUCUGCAACCAAAGAGGUGCAUGAAUUGCCAGGUGUUCAUCCCCCCCCCAGCCCAGCUCUCCUCCCCCACUACGGAGCUUGUGGUGUGGGCAGAUAGUCUGCCCAACUCAUGACCUUUCCACCCCCACAUCGGCCUGGGGUUGCAGGGUCUCCAGGAAUGGCGCUGCUUUUUCCUCUGGGCGGAAAUAUUGCUGGCACCAAAAGACAGAUGGAAGCACCUGAAACCUGCCACCAAGUGAGCUGUAGAGGCCAUGGUGUUGGGAAGUCCCAGAAAAUGUCCCUCCCAACCACACACCCGCUUCACUAAAAUGUGAUGUUUUCUCUCUCCUUUCAGCACUGCAGGAACCUGGCGCUGUUCCCCUUCGUCUCGCAGGAGCCCUCGCACGGCCAAUGA